GAGAGAGAGAGAGAGAGAGAGAGAGGGAGCUUCGUUUUCAUAUCUGCUGCGUGGACUUUGUACUGCGAAGCCACAGUUUUUCUUUUUUUUUUUUCAGAUCUGCCUCCGGACAGAAGAAAACUCCCGGAACCUCCAUUAAAGGACCUCCGAAAAGGAAAAAGCGAAGAGAAAUACGACACGGAUACAUACAAGAUAUAUACAAAAAGGAUAGAGGGAGCAAUAAAAAAAAGUUUUUUUUUUGAGGGUUGGUGGUUUUUUAAUCCAUCUUUUCCUGUCUGUUCGUUUGGGAAAAACCGAUGGCGGAGAAGGAAGAACAACCGUCGACGUCGAAGUCCUCCGGCAGAGCUCCGCCGCGGCCGACGAUAUCUCUGCCGCCGCGUCCCUUCGGCGAUGUCUUCUUCAACGGCGGCUCAGGGUUCAGCCCCGGCCCCAUGACUCUGGUCUCCAACUUGUUCUCCGAUUCCGAUGAGUUCAAGUCCUUCUCUCAGCUCCUAGCCGGAGCCAUGGCCUCUCCGGCGGCUGCUGCGGCGGUGGCGUCGCAGCAGAGGCCUGAGAGCUCCGGAGACGGCGGCGGAGGGAAUAGCUCAGGCGAGGUGGACCCGAGGUUCAAGCAGAGCAGGCCGACGGGGUUGAUGAUAACGCAGCCGCCGGCGAUGUUCACCGUGCCGCCGGGUCUGAGUCCGGCGACGCUGCUGGAUUCGCCGAGCUUUCUGGGUCUUUUCUCGCCCGUUCAGGGAGCAUUCGGAAUGACGCACCAACAGGCUCUAGCCCAAGUCACUGCCCAAGCUGUUCAGGCCAAUCCCCAUUUGCAACCCCACCAGCCUCAGUAUCCCCCUUCCUCUGCCCCUCCGAUUUCUGAUCUUUCGGUCCAGGAGCGGCGGGCACAGCCGCUGAAUGCUGCUGACAAGCCAGCCGAUGAUCUCUACAACUGGCGUAAGUACGGGCAGAAGCAAGUGAAGGGCAGUGAGUUUCCUCGGAGUUAUUACAAGUGUACUCAUCCCGGGUGUCCUGUCAAGAAAAAGGUCGAGAGGUCUCUUGACGGACAAGUAACCGAAAUCAUCUACAAGGGUCAGCACAAUCAUCAACCUCCUCAGAACAACAAACGGGGCAACCGGGAUAUAAACGGGAUUACGGUAAACAAUCCCGGGAAUUCGGAUCAAGCCAGAAGCUUCAGCAAGACCAGGAGGGACCAGGAAGCAAGUCAGGCUACAACAACAGAGCAGAUAUCUGAGGCAAGCGACAGUGAGGAAGUCGGUAAUGCAGAAAAUUGUGCGGAGGAAAAAGAUGAAGACGAACCUGAUCCCAAAAGAAGAAACACAGAAGUCGUGGUUUCUGAAACUGCUGCUUCACACAGAACUGUGACAGAACCUAGAAUCAUUGUCCAAACGACGAGUGAAGUUGACCUUUUAGAUGACGGAUAUAGGUGGCGCAAGUACGGGCAGAAAGUCGUCAAAGGAAAUCCUUAUCCAAGGAGCUAUUACAAGUGCACGACACCAGGCUGCAACGUGAGGAAACACGUAGAAAGGGCAGCAACAGACUCGAAAGCUGUAAUAACAACGUACGAGGGAAAACACAACCAUGAUGUUCCUGCUGCCCGAACCAGCAGCCAUGCCACUGCACAGUUAAGGCCAGACAACUUGCAUGCCUCUGUCAACCUAAGUCAGCAGCCCGUUGCACGUCUUAGGCUGAAAGAAGAGCAAAUAACUUAAGGGGGCUUGCUUGUUCCUGCUGCAGCUCAUGCAUCUGUUGUAACACUUUCUUUGACAAAGCCUGUGACUUUUGAAUCUUUCGGUUGGAUCUCUUGAAGAAUCUGGAAGUUACAAAUGGAGGGGAAAAGUAGAAAAAAGACGAAAACUCGAUAUGGGUUCGGAAGGGGAUGCUCUUAUGCAUACCUAGAUUCAUGUUUUCUUCUGUGAAUUCUUUUGUACAUGGAGAAUACAGGGUUCUUUGUGUUUGUUUCGGAGAUUAGGAACGAUGUUUAUAUUGUAAUUCUAUACUGUUUUUGGUAUACAGUUAGCUGAUUUGGGUA